UCAUUCUGGGGGUUGAAAAGACAUUACGGAAGUGGCGUCCCUCCACUUCAGGUGAUUGAGCUGGGGCUGGCGGUGGCGGCUAGGAUACCGUAAAAAUGGAGAGUUGUCUAGAUGGACCAUUUGUCUUCAGGCUCAACGACAGUGGAAGCGCUCCACAUCUUCUAGUCCAGGUAUGUACAGAACGCGGCUGGCGAGAAUACGCCGGUGACACUAACAAUGCGUUCAAAGACCGUUGGAAUUUGUGGUGGAAGUCAGGUGGAUUUCCCACAUCGCACUACAAAAGCCUAUUACCCUGGCAAUUCAUAAACAGAAUACCAAAGGGUAGCUCGAUAUGCAGGAAGGAUAAUCUCGUGAGGCAUCUAAAGUGUAUGCGCCAGGUUUAUGGAUCCAUUUAUGACAUCAGUCCUCCAGGUUACAAUCUGCCAUCUGAGUACACGAAACUAGCAGCUGAUUGCAGUCGUUGUGAGAAGGAUGACAGGGUGUGGAUAUGCAAGCCCGUGGGACAGAGCCAAGGACGAGGGAUUUUUUUGUUUAGGCGAUUGAGUGACCUCAGUUACGACAGUGCAGCUGUGGUUCAGAGAUACAUCGAAAAACCGCUCCUCAUUGGGGGAUACAAAUUCGAUCUGCGACUGUACGUCUGUGUUCCAUCAUACCGACCACUGACCAUUUACCUUUACAAAGAGGGGCUGGCAAGAUUCGCCACCGAAAAGUUUUCCCUCGAGAAUCUGGACGACCCCUUUCGCCACUUGACUAAUUUUGCGCUCAACAAACUGGGGCCCGGAUACUCGCAGAAAAAGGAAAGAGUUGGUGCAGGCUCGAAAUGGAGCUUUCGGCAAUUGAGAAGAUACAUGGAUCAGUCGGGCUUCAACGACUGGUUCCUCUGGCAAAGAAUAGCCGCCUUAAUUUCCCUGACUGUUCUAAGUCAAACUGCCGGGAUACCAAAAUCCUCAAAUUGUUUCGAGUUCUUUGGCUUCGAUGUUCUAAUCGACGCGAACUUAAAACCAUGGCUUCUAGAAGUCAACGUGAGUCCAGCACUGGGCAACGACUGCGAGGUAGACUCAGAAGUGAAGAAGCCACUUCUCCACGAUUUGUUUGAUCUACUCGGUCUCCCCGUGUGCAACACUGGGCUCUCUCUCUUCAAAAUUUGGUCCGCCUCAAGCCCAAUUGUGGGCAACUGCGAUGACCAUUUCUGUGCUUCCAAGUAUUAUCAACCGCGGUGUUCUAAACGAAGAUGCAGAGUCGAUGACUCUGUUGGAUUUAUCAAUUCACGGCCAGAUAGUGCAAAUAUGUUGCGACGUAGACCAACGGAGGAUUUUUCCCGUUACAAUUCCCUCUGUGUCGACAAAAAUAUCCGCAGAGGUUUCAAAGGUAUGAAUAAAUCAGAGCACUCAGGUGGGCUUGUAUGGGACAACGGUCGCGACUGGGGCAAUCCAAAGACCCGAGAGGGCGGUUGGAUAAGGACAUAUCCAUUUAUGUGUCACAAAUCAUUGGAAAAUAUGGAGUUCCAAAGUCGAUCGAGUCCUGGAGAGCCAAGACCUGUCGAGAAGGAGAUUAAAAAUAGUGUUCUCUGCAUUCAAAAAUUCAUAAAAGUUGCUAAAGACAUUCAACGAGAAUUCGGCAAAGAAGGUGAUGUCCGAUGCAACGAAAUCCUGAGGAGGGAAUUGGAGCUCACAACUGAAGUGUGGCUCCCCGAGAAAUGACAUCACCUGUACAAACGGACCGCCCGGUGUUCAACUUGACCUAGUGUUUCAAAUUUUUCAAUAUAAAAUGUACAUAAUAAUUUUUCGAUCUCUACCAACUCACAUUCCACCAAAAUUGUCAUUUUCACACAAUAAAUACGAGACAGGAGAUAUUAUUUUCCCUUCGCGUCGACACAAUUUUUCUUGUUCUCGGGGAACUCGCGAAUUAUUUCACGUUAUCCGUCGAAAUAUUAAU